UUUUGCUGUUGUACUUGCUUCACCCCCCCCCUCCCCUCUCUCCCUUUUGACACAACAGAAACAUGAGCGACGCGUACUUUGCUGCAGACGGAUCGAGCGCGCUGAUUGCCGGCGAUUCCGUCCCGGCGUCGUCGUCGUCGUCCCAGCAGCAGGCCGACCAGCCGCCGCAGCGAGUGAGCGUCGGGGCGUCGUUCCUGGGCGAAGGUCGCGGCGGCGGUGAGGGCGCCUUCCUCGCCUCGCGCAUGGCACGGGCGUCUGGGUCUGGGUCUGCGUCUGGCCAGGGGUCUGCGCAGCUGGGCGCUGGCGGGCGCAUGGUGAUGGGCUCGGCGGCAGGGCGACCGGGAGCUCCAGCGCCGCCGACCCAGCCAAUGCCGCUGGUGUACACGCGCGUUGCGUCGGACUCGCUGGACGGCGAUAUCGAGGCUGCGUUCAAGCAGUACUACGUGAUGAACAUUGUGUCGAACAAGGCCGUGACGGCGAGCUCGCUCGUGCCGCCCGUCAUGAUGCACCGCGAGUCCGUCUCGUCUGCGAUGGCGUCCAUGCUGAACGAGCCGACGGCCGAGGACCUGGCUGCGCGUGCCUCUGCAGCAGCACGGAUGCUGCGUGACGACACGCCCGAGCCCGAGACUGGCCAAGGAAGCACGCUCGGCGGCAGUCAGAACGAGCGCCGGAGAAAGCGUUUCCAGCAGAUGAUGGCCAACCGCGUCACCAAUGUCGACCGAUUGAACUGGGUGCUCACGGACGCAGACGCGGCAGGACACACGUUCGUGGGCAGGCGCGAGGACACGGGAAAGAGCUCGUACAUGCUGUUCGUCUCGCAAGGCACCCACUUUGAGGUUGUCCCGGCCGCCAAGUGGUUCAAGUUUGUCCCAAAGAUCCACUACAAGACCAUGUCGCUCGACGAGGCCGAGGAGGAGAUGAGCAAGGGUCGUCGUCUCGAACGCGAAAUCCAGUCAAAGCUGAUCAAGCAAAAGGAGGACGAGGACGGGUUGCUCAAAGCGAAAGUGGAGGACGACGACGAGUUUGUGACGGUCAAAUCCAACAACGACGACGACACCAGUGACUUUGCAGCGGCCAAAAAGAAGUCGCAGAGCAAAAAGGCUCGACGUCGCACACCUGGCGCCAACGGACGCGAAGAGGAUGCCGAUGAUAUGGACAUUGAUGAUGACAUGUUCGACGACGAUGAAGAGGAGGAGAAGGGCGUGCCGACUGUUGAGGACAUUGAAGCUCGCGAUGAGGAGGACGAGCUCAUGGAGCUCACAGCUGCGGGCAGGCAAACAAGUCGCUUGGUGAAACGAGAACAAGAUGACGAAGACGAAGCUGAAGACGCCGCCGCAAGUGCACUUGCAGCUCACCAGUAUCCAUCAGCAAAACCGUUCAAGCGCGCAGCAGAUGAGACCGAGACGUCGCAAUCAAAGAAGCCCCGCUUGGACGGAAGCGACGCUGGUUCGGCCAAAAGUAAAACGGAGCCCGCUGCAGCUGCUGCUGCUGCUGCCGCCGCCGCUGCGCCCAAACCCAAAACCGACAAGACGACACUCGACGAUGCGGUUGUCAUCCGAUUGCUCGCGCGAAAGCCGCUCUCCAGCAAAGAUCUCACACACGCGCUUAAAAGGUAUCUCACGGAUGAGGCCAAAAAGACGCGCUUGCGAGAUAUUGUCAAGCGCCUGUGCUCCAUCAUAACGAUCGACGACAAACCGCUCAUUCAGCUCAAGCCAGAGUACAUGCCAAAAUGAACUCGACGUUGACGGUGAUUUGCAUUGACCAUGCGUACUGUUGCGUUCAAUGGCAGUCGGUUGUCACUUGGUUUUUGCGGGGGACAAGUGUUUUUCAACAAUGUUCCAGAAUUGACUUUAUUCUUGCA